GUGUGUGUGUAACGGCCGAAAAAAAGAAAAAACGUUACGAAGCCGUCAAAACUGUACACGAUUGAUUUUUACCAUUUUUUGGCAAAAAUGUAUUAACUAGUGGUAUUUUUAUAUUGCAUUAGCAAGUUAGUCAUCUAGUUAAUAAAACAAACUGAUUAUAAGUGUUUUGUGCGCCUUCACUUUUAUACAAUGAAGGAUCCCUUUGUGUCAGACUCUGCGAUCGAUUCUCCAGCCAGAGAAAGCCUCAGAAACGUCGAUGGAUGUUAUAAUAAGAACUUAUUUAAGAAUAAAUCGUUCGCUAAUUCCCGUCGUGCCUUACAGUCCGGCGCUGACAAGAUUUCGAGGACUUUUAGAACAGUUAGAAAUACUUUUGGUAAUCUGUCACAGCAUUUCAGGCUGGGCGGAAGGCGCCGGCAUCGCCUUGCGGAGACUGGUUCUCCUUGCAGAACUCCAUCCACUCCUGUUACCAAGAAAAAACAGGUACUAGGUAGGAGUCCCGCUAAGUUGUACAGUCCGUUUGGAAUAGAGACACCUCACAGCCGAGACUUCAGGAUGUCUCCGUACAUGCCUGAUACACCAGAUCAUGGGUUAUCACCAAAACGACGCAAAGGCGUGACUCAUUCAUGGCACAUCCUCGCCAAGAAGAGACCGCGAGCGCUAUUCCACUGAUGCCUUUCCAUACCCACAAUAUAUCCCACCGCUUAUAUGUAAGAUUAUAUAGCUUUGUAUUGUCCAUAUUAUGCAAUUGGUGCUAUAUUUAGGCGGAUCUUUGUUUUUUUGUCUAUUUUUUCGUCGGAUUUCGAUAUAAUUUGGUGAGAGUUCCAUAUUCUGUAAAAUAUAGCGCAAUUUCGCAAUUCUAUAAUGUCUUCCUCUGAGUGACGAAAACGUAAUGAAUUUUCAUAACUCGACGGAAUAUUUCAUUAAACGUAAGUUUAGUUGUGGUUUGGUGUUUAAAAUGUACCAUACUAAAAAAAAACCAUAUUUUUUGUCCCAAAUUGGGAUUUUGUGUUUGUUCCGUCCAGAAUGGGGAACUGAUCAAAUUUUAUCAAUAUAUGCCGAAAAAAGAAAUGGAAAAAAAAAACAAAAAUCAGCCCAUUAGGUUUGAGGUUUACUGAGUGUAUUUGUGGAUGCUUGUGCCCAAAAUAACAUAUAUGAAAAGUUUCAAGAUUCCCUGUAUUGCUUAGUCUGCGCGGAAAGAGAAGAGUUGUAGAAUGUAUGGGCUACCUUAUAUUCCACGACUCUUCAUUCCGUACAGACUAAAUGCAAAGGGCAUGGUGGGCUUAAAGUGACACCUAUAACGUCCGUUUCAUAUAUUCCUGUGAUUUUUUCGCAUUAAACUCUUAAGCCCAUUACCAAUGUCCAUAGGAUGGCGCCACGCCACUACACAUCAAUACGGUUUUUUUUAAUAAAUAACUUCCGAAUUCAUGUAAUUAAUUUUUUUUUGCGUAUUAUGAAGCCGGUGUAGUAAUUAUAAAAAGUAAUGUAUAAUUUUUUAAUUGAAAAAUACGAGUAUGUUAUUUUGGGUACUAUCAUCAAAGCUGGUGCUCAAGGAAAGAAUGUCGCAUUAUUAAGCAUGUUAACGCUCAUAUUAUUGCCAGCCUUUCAAGUAUUAUAAAAUAAUAUUGCACCAGGAAAUCAAAAUUUUACUGAGCUGUGACUGAAAAAUAUCAAAGAUAUGACAGAAUUAAUUUGACUGUGAAUCCAUAAUAUUUGUGCUCCAUUGUGGCUAAUAGCCGUAAAUAGACUACCCCAACGGACAGUGACUAACAUUGACCUUGGUGCGGUCAAACUAUCUCUUUCUCACUCUAACUUAUAGCUGCGUCCUAAACGCGCGUACGGCGACCAUUUUCCACACUGUCGAUUUGUGCGCCGCACCGCGUCAAGGUCGCGGUCCGGUGCGGUAAUCUGUAGACGCUUUAAUUAUUGGAGUCGGACCAAGCUAGGGUUGCCAUACGUCAGAAGUUCCCCUGACAUGUCAGGAUUUUUGGCCCUUUGUCAGGAUUGCGGAGGAACUUGGCGAGUGUCAGGGUUUUAGCUAAAAGUUUGGAGUUGGGCAGAAGUAAGUGAGGGUUAUGCUGUAGCUACAUCAUAUGGUGGCGAGCUAAGGGGCUAGUGGGCCUUAGUGGCCCACUAGCCCCUUAGCUUGCGUGGGUAGGUUUUGGAAUAAGCCGUCGAGGAAAUGUCAUGCCGGAUUUUAGUGAUGUCAUGAUAUUUUAUUUUUCCAUAUGGCAAUCUUGGACGCAGCUAAGUCAGUCCAGACUACAGUGACAGAUUAUAAAGGCCAGUCCAGACUGAGACGAUUUUCGCCCCAUCUGAUUAAAUUGCCUGAUCAAAUCAGGUGGUGUGUGGCCGCAAACGCCAAUUUGGCUCGCCGAUUCCACUUUAUUCGAUUGUCAGAUUAUGACCGAUAAAAUAUAUGGAGGUGCGCAAGAAAACCAAUUUCUGACACUUAGUAAGCGCGUUUGGGGCAUUAUUUUUAAUUUAGAGCGCCGAAAUAUACCAAUAAAUCUAAAAUUGGUGAUGAAAUUGUAGAUUGAAUAAUAUUUAUUUUCUGAUCAAAUCGGUCGAUUGAUCAUCCCAUCUGGACGGGCACUUAAAAGUGCGACCCUAAACAUCAACUUCUUAAACAUGUCACUUCCACACUUUGUCUCUGAAAAAUUGGCGCAGAGUUAGUUUAGACAGACUCUAAAUGUGUUAGAUCUGAAAUUUAGAUCACUAUCAUUUUCUUAAAACAAUUAUGACAAUCCAGUAUUAGAUAUGCCAAAAUUACGCUUCAAGGCUAUAGAAUAAGUUUUUAUACAAUGUACGAGCUACGCUUCGCUAUGACAAUAUUAUAGGCUGCUAUAUUUAAUAUUUAGGUAGUUACCUCGGCUGGAAUCUCGAGUGUACCUUGUUGGUAGCUCUUCAGUAUUUAUUUAGUAAUUAUUUGUAACAUAAGGCAAUAAACACAUUUAUUGGUUGUCGGAAAGUAUAUGACAUUACCAUUUAAGUUGUGAUUAUAAUUCCCAAUUUGAUUUUACUUAAGAUUCAAAUAGGAUAAGAAUGAUAGAUAUCCUCCUAAGGCCCAAGGUCCUACCUAUGGUACUUCUUCAGUUCAAGGAAAUUUAAAUGAUAUUGUAACAAUGUCGCCUUUGCAUUGUUUCGUUCAAUUUUCAAACAACGAUUUCGGUAUUAAGUACGGUCACGUCUGAAAAUUUCGAUACGAAAAAGGUGCCAAAAAUAUGUAUACACGAGUUUGUUGCCCGUUUUUGGCACAUUUUUCUUAUAGAUAUUUUCAGACGUGACUGUACAUAUGGGUCAAAAACCGAUUAAAAAUCAUCUCGUGUAGCCGACACUACAUAAACGAGGGGCAUUUCUUAAUGGGCUAUACGGCAUUCGCAAGUAUAGCUAUACUUACUAAAAAGUAGUUAGACAUUUUAGUACUAACAUAACAAAAGAAAAACUUUUUUUUUUGACAAAAGGCGGGUCCACACAGAGCAGGCAAUUUCCUCGCGCACAAAACGCCCAAUGUGGGCCCGCCUAAAUACUUUUUAUCCAUUUGUUUUUCUACCUUAAUUCAAACAGAAUAAAGUCGAUAUUUCAAACCGCUCAAUCGUAUUCAAAUGCCAAUCACAAACUUAUUCAUUGGGUACUACUAAAAUGCUACCUACUAAGCUAUCAUAUACCAUAUACUUAAGUAAUUACCUACUAUAAUGCGUUUUAUUUUAUAUAAAUAUUAUACUGAAUAUACGAUUUUUUUCCAUAUA